CCCAUCAGGACGAUGAACUAAGCCCUAUAAAUGGCGGGAGCCUAGGCUGGGGUCGAAGUUUCUCACUCGCCCAAUCAUCUAUCUCUCUCUCUCUCUCUCUCACUCCAUAAUUUACAGUCCCAAACCUUUCUUCAAAACCCUCCAAAAUCCCAAAACCCUUUACACUACUCUCUCUCUCUCUCUCUAUCACCAAUCUCCACCACCGCCACAAAAGUCCCUCCAUCGUAAAUUUCUCCAAUUCUAGGGUUUCUUUUGGAGCUCCCCUUUUCGAAACCUAGGGUUUGUGUGUGGCGUGAGAGAGUGAGAGAGAGAGAGUUGGAGCAGUAUCGGAGCUUCGUUUGAUUCCAAUGGAGGUCUCGGCCGGAGUCGCCGCCUCCGCUUCUACGCGCGGUCCGUCUCUCUCGAUGCCUCCUCCUCCUCCUCCGUCGUCGUCCUCGUCGUCUUCUGCGGCUCGCAAGGAGUGGCGCGCCGUCUCGGAGCAUCGAAACGCUGGUGAAGAGGAGUUGGAGCGUUCGAAGUUAGGGCAAUUGGAUGAGAGAACUAUAUAUGAGGUGCAGCAGGGAAGAGAGCCACUUGAUGUUGGCUACUGUUCAAUCACAGUGGAUGGUGGCUUAAAUGAUGAACUUUUACCACAGAGACUUCAUAAUCUUGCUAGACAAAGAGAAGAGUUGCAACGGAUGGAGAUUGAAAUUAAAGCCCAGCUAAUUUCAAGAUCUGAGAUAGUGGAAUUGCAAACCACCUUUGAUGCUCGGAUCAAAGAGCAUGCUAAUGCCACUGCGAAGCUUCAAGAGCAACUCCGUGAAAGGGAGCAGGCUGUACAUGAGUUGGAAAGGAAGAUGGAAGAGAAAGAUAGGGAGCUGCAUGCAAUCAAAUUGGACAAUGAAGCGGCCUGGGCUAAAGACGACCUUCUUAGAGAACAAAAUAAAGAACUAGCAUCCUUCAGAGAGCGCGAUCAUUCUGAAGUUGAAAGAGCCCAACAUAUAAAACAGAUACACGAUCUUCAAGAACAUAUUCAAGAAAAAGAGAGACAACUUAUUGAGUUGCAGGAUCAGCAUAGGGCAGCUCAAGAAACCAUUCUUUAUAAAGAUGAACAGUUGAGGGAAGCCCAAGCUUGGAUUGCACGUGUCCAGGAGAUGGAUGUCUUACAAUCAAAUACAAACCAUUCAUUACAGGCUGAAUUGCGAGAACGAACUGAACAAUAUAACCAGCUGUGGCUUGGUUGUCAAAGACAGUUUGCAGAGAUGGAAAGACUUCAUAUGCAUACGAUACAACAGCUUCAAAUUGAGCUGGCUGAUGCACGAGAAAGGAGUGGAACAUAUAGUGACGAGUCACGUAUAUCCCAAACAAAUUCAAAGGAUGUAUCUCAGUUUGGACAAAGCAAUGGAAACCAGCUAGAUGCAAAUGGAGGAGGUGGCACAUCAGGUGGAAAUUCUGGGGUCCUUCCAAAUGGGAAUUCUGACAAUGUCUCAUCUUUUGCUUCAACUGGCAAUGCACCAGCCCAGCCCGAUCAUGUUCCUGGUGUUCCAAUUGCUCCAUCCUCUCUGCUUGGAAUGCCUACAUACCUUCCACCUGGACAAAUGACUGCUUUGCAUCCAUAUGUUAUGCAUCAACAAGGGGUUCCCCAUUCUUUGCCAUCACAUGUUACUCCAUCUCAUAUUGGGCAUUUUCACUCGAUACCUGCAAUGGGUUCCCUCCAACAGUGGCAGAACCAACAGGCUGCAUCAGAAGGUUCACAGAUAUCUGCGCAGAAUGAACUUCCACCAUCCCAAACUGAUCAAAACCUAUUGAGAUCAGAUGCAAACUACAACUAUGAAAUUUCUGUUAAUGGACAAGGUCUACGUCAAGACUAUCUGGAUGUUCAAAACAGCCAAGGGGCAAUGCCUGAUUCUGGAAUCUCGUCAUCCACUGUGGAAGCAGCACAGGUUCUUGAGUCAAUUGAUAGAGGUUACAUGGUUGUCCCCCAAUCUGAGCAGAGCCUGCAACAAAUUUCUUCUCAAUUUCGUGAUGCUUUAAGAUUGGAUACUCUUGAGCAGAGCAGUGAAAACAAGGAGCAGAAUGUUCUAUCGCCAACUAAUCAUGGGUUAGAAGGCCAAGUUUUCACUGCAGAACAACCAGCUUCUGCUGCCAACGCAUCAGCAUCUGAUACUUCAAGCCAUUCUAUUAAUCUCAGUGAAACUUCUGUAAACAAUGCCACUGGUGCAGCUUUGUCUGAAUCAUUUGUUUCAACCGGACAGGCAAAUACAUUGGCAAUGGGAAAGACUUCAGAGCCUGCUCUUCUUGAUGAAAGAUCACUGUUGGCUUGCAUAGUUCGCACAGUUCCUGCUGGUGGUCGAAUUCGAAUCAGUUCAACGCUUCCAAACAGGCUGGGCAAGAUGCUUGCACCUUUACACUGGCAUGAUUACAAAAGAAAAUAUGGAAAGCUUGAUGACUUUGUGGUUGGUCACCCUGAAUUUUUUGUGAUUGAGGGCGACUAUAUUCAGCUUCGAGAAGGAGCACAAGAAAUGAUAGCAGCUGAAGCAGCUGUUGCCAAAGUUGCUGCAGCUGCUGCGGCAUCCUCUCCUUACUCCUCAUUUUUGCCUUCUGUGGCUGUUACUCCAAUGGCGCAAUCUCACCGACUGAAGAAGGUUCCAUCUGUUGAUUCAAAAAGUGUGAAGACUGAUGAGCCAUCACAGUUCUCUGCGGUCCAGAAUCAGCAAUCAAAUGGUGUUUAUUUCGGUCUUCCUGGAGGUCUCACGAAUGUUAAAAUUUUGAGCAAAUCUAAAGAACCUCGAGAAAUGAAUGGCCCUGAAAAUAGGCAUGUGCAGUCGUUUUUGACAGUUGGGAAUGGAUCAAAUCUUGAUAGGUCAAGUUUGAGUGGUACCCAAAGCGUGGGCUCAGCUAAUGGGAGAGCUAACUUGAAUUUUGCUGGAAAACAGCAGGGAAGGAUGACUGGUGCUGCAUUUACUUCCAGAAGAUAGAGUAGACAUGGAAAUCAAGUAGAUAAAUCUCAUGACCAAGAGUACACACCACUCUGCAGAUUGAGAUGUUUUGGAUGGUUACCGGAUUUGUGGGCGAAUGAAUUAUCGCUGAUUAAAUUGUCGGCAUUCAUCUCAUAGAAUUCUCUGAUUGGAACUGUUAUUUAUUUAUUUUUAUUUUGCUUCCCUUUCAUUUCUCUUACCUUUGCUUUGCUGGGAAACAAAAUACUUUUGUGAGUGUUUAUUUUAUACUCAAAACCAAACUCUCUGCACCAGCAGUGAUACUCAUGCACACAAUUGCUGUGCAUCUGAUAUCUUAUACCCAAUUGGUUCGGUUUCCCUGCA